AUGGGUUACACUGAUCUGGACAAGUUGGCCAUUAACACCAUCCGUGUUCUCGCGGUUGAUGCCACCUCCAAGGCUAACUCCGGUCACCCCGGUGCCCCUAUGGGUAUGGCCCCUGUGGCUCACGUUCUGUUCAACAACUUCAUGAACUUCAACCCCAAGAACCCUGACUGGGCUAACCGUGAUCGUUUCGUUCUCUCCAACGGCCACGGUUGCAUGCUCCAGUAUGCUCUGCUGCACCUUUUCGGCUACAAGCUCACUCUUGAUGACUUGAAGAACUUCCGUCAACUUGACAGCAUCACACCCGGUCACCCCGAGGCUCACGAUACCCCCGGUAUUGAGGUCACCACUGGUCCUCUGGGUCAAGGUUUCUCUAACGCCGUCGGUCUGGCCAUUGCCCAGGCUCACUCCGGUGGUGUCUUCAACAAGCCCGGCUUCGAGCUGUUCAACAACUACACCUACACCUUCUUCGGUGAUGGCUGUGCUAUGGAGGGUAUUGCCAGUGAGGCUGCCUCCAUGGCUGGUCACUUGAAGCUUGGCAACCUGAUUGCCAUCUACGACGACAACCACAUUUCCAUCGAUGGUGACACCAAGUGUGCCUUCACUGAGGACGUUAUGAAGCGUUUCGAGUCAUACGGCUGGCACACCGAGUGGGUCAAGGACGGUGACAACGACCUUGCCGCUAUUGACGCUGCUAUCCGCAAGUGUCAGGCUGUCACUGACAAGCCCUCCGUCAUCAAGCUGACCACCACCAUUGGUUUCGGCUCCAAGCUGGCUGGUACCGGCGGUGUCCACGGAAACCCUCUUAAGGCUGACGAUGCUCAGCAAGUCAAGGCUCAGUUCGGCUUCAACCCCGAGGAGAGCUUCGCCGUUCCCCAGCAGGUCUACGACCUCUACAACAAGCACGCCGCUGACGGUGCUGCUAAGGAGCAGGAGUGGAACCAGCUCUUCCAGAAGUACCAGCAGGAGUUCCCCACUGAGGGUGCUGACCUGGCCCGCCGUCUCUCUGGCAAGCUGCCUGAGGGCUGGGAGAAGAGCCUCCCCACCUACAAGUCUACCGACGCUGCCGUCGCCUCCCGUAAGCUGUCCGAGGCCGUCCUGGAGAAGAUCCACGAUGUCAUUCCCGAGCUUCUGUCCGGUUCCGCCGAUCUGACUGGCUCCAACAACACCCGCUGGAAGAAUGCUGUCGACUUCCAGCCUCCUCAGUACGGUAUUGGUGAGUGGUCCGGCCGCUACCUCCGCUACGGUGUCCGUGAGCACGCCAUGGCUGCUGUUAUGAACGGUCUGGCCGCUUACGGUACCGUCAUCCCCGCUGGUGGUACUUUCCUGAACUUCGUUUCUUACGCCGCCGGUGCCCUGCGUCUGUCCGCCCUGUCCCGCGUCCGUGUCAUCCACAUCGCUACCCACGACUCCAUUGGUCUGGGUGAGGACGGUCCUACUCACCAGCCUAUUGAGACUCUGGCUCACUUCCGUGCUCUGCCUAACUGCAUGGUCUGGCGUCCUGCUGACGGUAACGAGACCAGCGCUGCCUACUACUCUGCUCUCACUGCCAAGCACACCCCCUCCAUCCUGGCUCUGACCCGCCAGAACCUUCCCCAGCUGGAGAACUCCACCAUCGAGCGCGCUCUCAAGGGCGCCUACGUUGCCGUUGAGAACCCCAACGCCGCUGUCACCAUCAUCUCCACUGGUUCCGAGGUCGGCAUCUGUAUCGAUGCUGCUACCUACCUCCAGGAGAAGCACGGCAUUGCUGCUCGCAUUGUCUCCGUUCCUUGCUUCGAGGUCUUCGAUGCUCAGACCAAGGACUACCGCCUGUCCGUUCUCCCCGACGGCAUCCCCGUUCUGUCCGUCGAGGCCCUUACCACCAUGGGCUGGGAGCGUUACGCUCACGAGCAGUUCGGUCUUAACCGCUUCGGCGCCUCCGGCCCCUACAAGGAGGUUUACGCCAAAUUCGAGUUCACCCCCGAGGGCAUCAGCAAGCGCGCUAUUGCCACCAUCGACUUCUACAAGGGCCACACUGUCCGCUCCCCUGUCAACCGUGCCUUCCAGCAAAUCCUGUAA